GCUUGUAAUGGGGGUUGAUUUUGCUUGAUUUUGACUCUCUGGGGUCGCUACUCUGAAUCACUGAUUAGUUUGCGGUGUGCAAGAGAGAAAAUGGAAGGGAAGGUUGCGCUUCCAUUUGUGGGUAUGGUUUUGGCAGAGUGUGCCCAGGUUGGGCUGAUGAUUGUAAGCAAACUAGCCAUGUCUAAGGGCAUGAGCAAUCUGGUCUUCGUCUUUUACUCUAAUGCUCUUGCCUCCCUCGUACUCCUCCCUCUCUCUUUGCUCUUCCGCAGAAGAGAGCUUCCGCCGCUUACUUUCAAGAUUUUUGGGGGAUUCUUUUUGCUUGGCCUGCUUGGUUGCUUGGCACAGGUAUUUGGUUAUGCUGGGAUUAACUAUAGCUCCCCUACACUUGGCACAGCCAUGCUAAACCUCGUCCCCGGUUUCACCUUCGUAUUUGCCAUUUCUUUCAGGAUGGAAAAGCUUGACUGGAGAACCUCCACAAGCCUAGCUAAAUUGAUGGGAACCAUCGUGUCAAUUUCAGGAGCUUUCAUAGUGACUUACUGGAAGGGCCCCUCCCUACUGAGGACAGUUUCUUCUCUGAACUUAUUAAAUCAACUUGUAUCCCAAGAGUCCAAUUGGAUCAUUGGAGGAUUAUUACUUGCACUUGAUUGUUUGAUGACAUCUGCAUGGGUUAUUCUACAGGCAUUGGUUCUUAAGAAAUACCCUUCAGAGCUGGUUGUCGUGUUCUAUUACUGCUUCUUUGUGGCCAUUCAAUCUUUUAUAGUUUGUCUGUUUGUGGAAAGAGAACCUGGUGCUUGGAGCUUAGUACCUGAUGUGAAGUUAAUUGCCGUUCUAUACUCGGGAGUUUUUGGCUCUGCAUUUCAAGUAGGUAUUUGUACAUGGUGCCUGCGCAAGACAGGGCCUGUCUUCAUUUCCAUGUUCAAGCCUUUGGGGAUUGUCAUUGCAGUUGUGGUUGGUGUUGUCUUCCAGGGGGAUUAUUUCUAUCUUGGAAGUUUGGUUGGAGCAACUGUAAUUGUAAUUGGGUUUUAUGCUGUGAUGUGGGGAAAAGCCAAAGAAGAAAAAACACGUGCUGAUUCUGGGCUUAGGAGCUUGGAAUCAAGCAGCAGAAAGGUUCCUCUGUUACAAGGCAGCAUCGAAGAAAUAUGAAAGGCUUCUGCAGCAAAACAAUGCAAAAAGGUCUAUCUGGCCACCAGAAUGAGUACCUCUUGUUGAAUAAGGAUGGAUGUGUAUAUAAUGGGAAAGCACCUGAUUAUUAACUGGCGUCUCUGAUCGGGAAAAAGCGUGUAUGAUUGCUGGCUCUUAGCCUUUCGAAAUAUCGAAGUACAGUGUAAUCACUUGCAAUUCUUAAUAUUGUCCUUUGUCAAUGAGUUCAUACUUUUUUUUCCUAGUACUGCUUUUCAAUUCUCAUUAGUUAGAUCAUGUCAAAUGGGUUCCAUACUUCCAUCCCUGACACUAUUACUAGAAAACUUGAUUCAAUUUAAAAUGAUGAAGCAAGUAAAUGAUUGUCAAUUA